AUGAAAGUAUUUAUCUUUUUUCUUCUUUUUUUAUUAAUCAUAAUACGUUCAUUUAAUAUUCCUGGAUUUUCUGAAAAUUCUUAUAAUAAAAACAGUAUUUUAGAAGUUCUUGUAUCGGAAGUAAAAUCUUUGGAAACACAAUUACCUUAUAAAUAUAAUGAAUUUGAUUUUUGUGAUGCUUAUUAAAGGUAAGAUAUUGAUGAGUCAAUAGCUGAAGCACUUUUAGGGGAAAAUAAAUAAGUUUCUUAGAUUUAAUUUUAGGUUUUUUAAUUUAAUUUAAAUUAUUUUAUUUUAAGAAAUAAUUAUUUUAUACUAUAGCAUAAUUAGAUUUAGGUUAAGGUGUUUUAGAAGAAUCAUUGGAAGGAAUUCCUAUUGGAUUUUAUAAUGUUAUAAAUUUUUAUAUAUUCUAUCAAUAAUUUUUAUUUUAUUUAAAUUAAUAAAAAAAAGGAAUAAAAUGAAUUUUAUUUAUACAAUCAUUUUGAUUUCACUGUAAUUUAUUAUUAAGAUAGUUUUGAAAAAUAUAAAAUUGCAGUUUUUUAAGUAAUACCAAGUUCCUAAGGAGCUUUUGAUUACAAAACUCCAUUUUGUUAAAUUUAAAAAAAUGAUUAAAUUGUUUAAAAAUAAGAUUUGAAGAAUAUAUUUUAUACAUAUUCUGUAAAAUAUAUAAUGGAUAAUACCAAAUCAAUAACUUCUCGAUGGGAAAGAUAUAGAAAUUAAGAAGAUUUAGAAAAUCAUUAAGGAACUUUAAUUAAUUCUUUCACAGUUAAUUUGGCUUUAGCUUUAUUAAUUUAUUGUAUUUUGAGACGAAUAUUAAUGAAGGAUUUAAGCUAAUAUUCAUAAUUAUAGCAUUAAGAAACAGAUAAUGAUGAAAUGGGUUGGAAAUAAUUAAAAUCUGAUGUUUUUAGGGCUCCUGGUAAUCCUAUUGUACUUUCUACUUUUGUUGGUGUUGGAUUAUAAUUAGGAACUAUAAUUAUUUUAUCGAUUGUUUUUAUAGCUAUAUAGUAUAAUUUUGAAAAAUAUAGAACAUCAUCUUUUUUGAAUGUAUUAAUUAUAUUUUACAUUAUAAGUGGGUUUAUUUCUGGUUAUUAUAGUGCUAGGAUAUACAAAAUGCUUGGAGGAUGCUAUUGGUUAAGAUCUACUAUUUUAACCACUAUUAUAUUUCCAGGAAUAAUAUCAUUUAUUUAUUUUAUAAUUGAGUUUGCAAUGUUUUUGGAAGAAUCUUUAUAUACUAUAAGAUUUAAAACUAUUUUCUAAUUAUUCUUUUUUUGGUUUUUAGUACAGAUUCCUCUUGUUUUUUUUGGUUCAGUAUUAGGAUUUAAAAGACAAAAAAUUUAAUAAAUUUGCAGAAUAAACCCUGUGCCUAUGCCUAUUCCUAAAUAAUAUAUAUUCUUAAGUAGACAUAUGCUUUGUAUUAUUGGAGGUUUACUUCCCUUUGGAUGUAUUCUAUUUGAACUAACCUAUAUUGUUAAAUCUAUUUGGAAUAAUCAAUUUUUUUAUCUUUUUGGCUUUUUAUUAUUAGCUGUAUUGCUUUUGAUUAUUACUUGUGCUGAAAUCUCUAUUUUAUUAACCUAUGUUUAAUUAAAUAAUGGUAAUCAUAAAUGGUGGUGGAAUUCAUUUUAUAGUACAGGAUUUUGUGGAGUUUAUGUAUAUGCCUAUUGUUUCUUUUAUUGGCUUUUUUAUCUUAAUAUUACUAGACUUUCUUCAACAAUAAUGUAUUUUGGUACUAUGGCAAUAGGAAGUAUUGCAAUGUUUUUGUUUUGUGGUUCAGUAGGUUUUGUAUCUUCCUGCUUGUUUACACGUUAUAUAUAUGCAUAAAUAAAAGCAGAUUGA